AUGUUUUCUUUUGCGAAAAUUUGUCGAUUAUGGUCAUUUUAUAAAUUUCUAUUCGUUUUUGCCGUUAUCUUUUGCACGGUUCAAUAUUUUCUGCUUAAUGCUGGGCCAACAACUUCGAGAAGACAACACGAAGACAAGAUAAUCUCAAAAAGUCCGAUUGUCAUUCACCGAUUUUGUGGUCUUUUCAAAGAUUGUUAUCAUGUUUCCGAUGUAGCGAGGAGGAAUGCGAAAAGUGAUCGACUCGAAGUGUCACGAGAUUUCAUUUCCGAUACUCUGCCCAAUGGAGCUUUGACUAGAGUCCAUCUUCAAAUUCCAGAGGAUUUGUCAAAUGACCAAAAUCGAGACACAUCAAAAUGGGAAGUGAACAAGAGAUUGAUCUCUAUGCCAUUGAUCAAAUACAUGUUGGCGAGCGGAUUCAUGCUUGAGGUGCUAAAAGAAGAAACGAAAGAUCCCAAUCACAACAGAAUUCUCUCUUUUGGCUUAGGAGGAGGUGCUUUGCAAAAUUUCAUCGCUGAAUUACAUCAAUUUACUAUCAACAUAACAACCGUUGAAAUUGAUCCAACCAUUGCUGAGGUUGGACAAAGGUUUUUCGGUUUUCGACCAACUGAUACGAAUCGAGUCAUUAUUGCGGAUGGGAUUGAGUAUUCGAAAGAGUUGAAAGACAAAGGUGAAUCUUUUGAUUUCAUUAUUUUGGACGCUUCUUCUAGUGAUCACACAAAAGAAGUCGUUUGUCCGAUUGAACAAUUCAGAGAACCGGAAAUUAUCUCGACAAUGGCUGAACUUGUAAAGCCGAAUGGUGGGCUAGUAGUCAACAUUUACGCCGUCAAAAAGGUGUAUGAGAAUGAAGAAAAGAUUCUUUUUGCUUUUUCCAGAGAAUUCGCAAGUUGUUUUCUGAUGAGAUACUCGGCUGAGCAAAGGCUUCUUAUCUGUUCUCAUCGUUUCAAUUGGGAUCUCAAGGAACAAGGGAAACGAUUCCAUCAAAAUCUUCAACGACAUGAGAUGUUGAUUGGUCUCAAAAUCACGGAAACUUUAUAUAAAUACAAUUCUUUUCAA